AUGGCCAAGGCACCCAAAGCCGAGAAGAAGGCCAAGCCGGCAAAGAAGGCUGUUUCCGAGAAAAAGGAAAAGAAGACCAAGAAGCAGGAAGCCGCCCCCUCCUCGCCUCCUCCGCAGCUGCUGGACCUCGUCGAGACCUUCCUGUCCGACAAUGACUUUGCCAAGGCGCACGACGAGUUCAAGCAGCAGCGCGAGAUGAAGGGCUGGCUGACGCCAAAGAAAGGCGCCGCUGCUUCUGGCGCCUUCGCUGCCGCCGAUGCCCCGAACCAGUCGCUCGUGGGUGUCUUUGAAAAGUGGGAGACCACGCUCCAGAACGGCGAGGCCGCCAGCAAGCGCAAGCCUGUCGACAAAAAGGCGGCUGCAGCCACCAGCUCUGACAGCGACAGCGGCAGCGAGAGUGACAGCGAGAGCAGCAGCAGCUCGGAGAGCGAGAGCGACAGCGACGACGACAGCGAUGACGAUGUUGACAUGAAGGACGCGGCACCCGCGGCGGAGACCGAGUCCGAGGCUGAGGCCAAGCCUGCAAAGGCCGCAAAGGCUACCAAGGCAGACAAGCCUGCUGAGACUCCCAAGGCGAAUCCUCUGAAGCGGAAGGCAAGCUCCAGCAGCAGCAGCAGCAGUGACGACUCUUCCGACUCAUCUUCGUCAGAGUCCGACAGCGACUCGAGCUCGUCUGAUGACGGCAAGCACAAGACGAAAAAGGCGAAGCUCGCAGCUGAGGCUUCAUCGUCGUCAUCGUCGUCUGAGGAGGAGGAUUCCGAUUCGGAGUCUAGCUCCGACUCAGAGUCUGAUUCAUCCGACAGCUCUGACUCUGAUUCGUCUUCGUCUUCCGACUCGGAUGCCUCUGCAGAGGUCGCCGCGGCCUCUGCGGUGGCACUUCCAGAAUCGGGCAGCUCGUCGGGAUCGGACAGCGACAGCGACAGUAGCAGCAGCAGCAGCAGCAGCAGCAGCAGUAGCAGCGCUGGUGACAAGUCCAAGGCCACAGCGUUGUCCACGGCUAAGAGCGAGUCUUCGGACACGUCCGCCACGGUCGGCAAGACGUCACCGGAGCUCACAGCGGCCGCGCCGGCCAAGUUUCCACCCUUCCCGCCCGACCCGGCCGUCAAGCUGAACAACCGUGGCCGCGGAACGCCAAAGGGCGACGGCGCCAGCGAGCGUUUCUCGCGCAUCAAGCAGGACGUCUACGUCGACCCGCGGCUCGCAUCCAACGCAUUCAACGCGCAUGACUGGGGCCGCAAGGCACACGAGGACCUCAUCGUGACCAAGGGCAAGGGCUUUACCAAGGAGAAGAACAAGAAGAAGCGUGGCAGCUACCGGGGCGGCUUCAUCGACACAGGCGCCCGCAACGGCGUCAAGUUUGAGGACUGA